AAUGAGGCCGGUUCCCAGCAUGCACUGGAGCAGGACGCCAGCACUACAACCACAGACGAAGCUAUUGGGACGAGAGGCAAAGAGCAAGAGAGAGUUAAAAUGCAGAGCAGUCCUCCUCGACAGCACCGGGCCCUGCACACACAGGUAGAGUUGGAGACUGCAGCAGACAGAAUGACGGGCAGCAACCCGGUGUCCCCAGCCUCUUCAGGCUCGCCUGCCUCCAGCGGCAGCAUCUCACCCCCACAUCUCGCUCACGACUCCUCCCUGGACAGUCACCUUGGCUUUGAUGUUCCCAAGACGCAGAACAGAGCCCUCGUAUCACCUGGGAUGUACAUCUCCCCUGACCCAGCGAGCAUGUGGGACAAGACGCAUGCGGAGAUUGCUGAGCAGGCCAAGCACGAGGCAGAGAUCGAGAAUCGCAUUGCGGAAAUGAAGAAGGAAGGAUUCUGGUCCCUGAAAAGGUUAUCGAAGGUGCCUGAGCCAGUUCGGCCCAAAGUGCACUGGGAUUACCUUUGCGAGGAGAUGCAGUGGCUGUCUGCUGACUUCGCCCAAGAACGCCGCUGGAAAAGGGGUGUUGCAAGGAAGGUUGUGCGCAUGGUAAUCCGGCACCACGAAGAACAGAAGCAGAAAGAGGAAAGAGCCAAACGGGAGGAACAGGCCAAGCUGCGCCGCAUUGCUUCAUCCAUCGCCAAAGAGGUCAAGCAGUUCUGGACCAAUGUAGAGAAGGUUGUGCAGUUCAAGCAACAGUCACGUCUGGAGGAGAAGCGGAAAAAAGCCCUGGACCUGCAGCUAGACUUUAUAGUGGGCCAGACGGAGAAGUACUCAGACCUGCUGACCCAGAGCCUCAAUGAGACCCUUCCAGUUUCCAGCAAGACCAGCGGCUCCCAUGCCGGCUCUACUGCCUCUAGCCCGCCACCUCCCAGUCACCUCAUUGAGGAUGAAGAUGGGGAUUUCCAGCCCCAUGAGGAGUCAGACGAUGAGGAGACAAUUGAAGUGGAGGAGCAGCAGGAAGGGAACGAUUCAGAGACUCAGCAACGGGAGAUCGAGUUGCUAAAACAGGAAAGUGAACUGCCCCUAGAAGAGCUACUGCAGUCCCUGCCACCCCAAAUCCUAGAGAACUCCUUCAGCACGUCGCCUUGUGCCUCCAGUUCCGACAAUGAGGACGAGGAGGAGGGUGACAGUGAAGAGGAAGACGAACUGGAAGAAAAACAGACCUCGAAGAACCUAAAGGAGAAACCAAAGCCUGUUACUCAGAGGGAUAAAAAACCCUGGAAGCCUGAUGAGGAGGACGAGGAGUUCACUGCCAAUGAAGAGGAGGCGGAAGAUGAAGAAGAAACAAUAGAUGCCGAAGAACAGCUGGAAGGGAAUGUGGAUCAUAGCAAGGAGCUGGAUGACCUCGCCGAGGAAGGCGAGCUGCCCAUGGAGGAGCUGCUGCAGAAAUAUGCUGGUGCCUAUGCCUCGGACUUUGAGAUGGAGGAGUCGGACACCUCAUCCGAAGCCUCGGAGCCCAGCACUUCGGAGUAUGAGGAGGAGUCCGAGGAAGAGGACAGCAGUAGCCAUUCAGACUCCACAGAGGAAGGGGAGAGUGAGCAGGAGGAAAGUGAAGAAGAGGAUGCCAUUGAGGAAGAGGAAGACGCUUCCGUGAGCCAGGAGGAGGACUUUGGUGUUGAGUAUCUGCUAAAGCAGGAUGAGGAUCGUGGUGGCGAGGGGGACAACGACUCGACUCCAGCCCCAGGGCCCAAGAAGGAGAUCACAGACAUUGCAGCCGCGGCGGAGAGCCUGCAGCCCAAAGGUUACACCUUGGCCACGACACAGGUGAAGACACCCAUUCCCUACCUGUUGCGUGGAACACUGCGAGAAUACCAACACAUCGGCCUCGACUGGUUGGUCACCAUGUACGAGAAGAAACUCAACGGUAUUCUGGCGGACGAGAUGGGGCUUGGCAAGACCAUUCAGACGAUCUCCCUGCUGGCACAUCUAGCCUGCGAAAAGGGCAGUUGGGGCCCCCACCUGAUCAUCGUUCCCACCAGUGUGAUGCUGAACUGGGAGAUGGAGAUCAAGCGCUGGUGCCCCAGUUUCAAGAUCCUCACGUACUACGGGGCACAGAAGGAGCGUAAGCUGAAGCGGCAGGGUUGGACCAAGCCCAACGCCUUCCACAUCUGCAUCACCUCGUACAAGCUGGUGCUGCAGGACCACCAAGCCUUUCGACGCAAGAAUUGGAAGUAUCUGAUCUUGGAUGAGGCUCAGAACAUCAAGAACUUCAAAUCCCAACGCUGGCAGUCAUUGCUCAACUUCAACAGCCAGAGGCGUCUGCUGCUGACCGGGACCCCUCUCCAGAACAGCCUGAUGGAGUUGUGGUCCCUCAUGCAUUUCCUGAUGCCCCACGUCUUCCAGUCGCACCGCGAGUUCAAGGAGUGGUUUUCCAACCCGCUGACGGGCAUGAUUGAGGGCAGCCAGGAGUACAACGAGAACCUGGUCAAGAGGCUGCAUAAGGUGCUGCGGCCCUUCCUCCUGCGGAGGGUGAAAGUGGAUGUCGAGAAGCAAAUGCCAAAGAAAUACGAGCAUGUCAUCAAGUGCCGGCUCUCCAAGCGCCAGCGUUAUCUCUACGACGACUUCAUGGCCCAGGCGACCACCAAGGAGACCUUGGCCACCGGGCACUUCAUGAGCGUCAUCAACAUCCUGAUGCAGCUCCGCAAGGUCUGCAACCACCCCAACCUCUUUGACCCGCGGCCGAUCCACUCGCCGUUCAUCACGGAGGGUGUCUGCUUCAACACGGCCUCCCUCGUCCUGCACGCCCUCGAUAAUGACCCUUUCAAGCACGUGGACUUGGGCAUUUUCGAUUUGAUCAACUUGGAGGGCCGGGUGUCCCGUUACGAGACGGACACGUUCCUGCCCAAGUGGAAAGUGACGCGGAAACUGAUUGAGGAGAUUGCGGAGUCCCCCGACCCUCCUCCCAGGCCCAAGCCAGUCAAGAUGAAAGUGAACAGGAUGCUGCAGCCAAUGCCCAAGCCGGAGAACCGGACGGUGGUGCUGGUGAACAGCCCUCGUCCCCCAGCCCCCCUGCAGAGACCCAUCGCUCCUGGGCUUCCGGAGCCACUGGCGCCUGCUCUGGCCCCCAUUCCGCACCCGGGCCCGGUCUUGCCAGGGCCCGUGCAGCCUCCCCCACUCCCUGUCUCGGUCUCCCUCCCCAUGUCCAUCCCGAUGGCACCCUCGCCAGUGACCAUGUCCGUGCCAGUGCCGCCUUCCGCCCGACCGCAGACCCAGACUCUAGUGCCUACGCUGAGCCAGAACAGCACAGCUACUGCCCUGCUGCAGGGCCAAGCCUCCGCUCCACAGGUCCUGCCCAUGGCGAUGACGGCCGCUCAGCUGGUUCCAAACACUCCCAGGCCCGUCCUCCCACCCCCUGCCAUUUCUCCUGUCACAACCGCCGCCUCUGCGCUGAAGCCUGGUGUGGUGCCGGUCUCCAUGGGGCAGCAGCAGCCCAUCAAUGCCAUGGGCAUCACCCCUGUGGGGGGGCAGCACCCACAGCAGCAGCCCAUCAGCACCUUGGGCAUCACCUCUGUGGGGCAGCAGCAGCCCAUCAACACCAAGCCCAUCAGCACCCUGGGCAUCUCCCCCAUGGGGCAGCAGCAGCCCCUGAACACCUUGGGCGUGCCCCCGCUGGGAGGGCAGCAGCAGCAGCAGCUGCCAACCAGCACCCUAGGCCCAGCCCCCGCAGGCCAGCAGUCUACCAGCACCAUGGCCACCGGUGCCAUCGGAGGCAUGAUGAAGCCUGUGAACAUCCACCCUGCUGUCCCCACCUUGCCCGGCUACAACUUUGCAACCGGACCUCUGCAGCAAAGGCUUCUGCUGUCGCCGGACAUGCAAGCCCGCUUGCCCUCGGGCGAAGUGGUGAGCCUCGGACAGCUUGCCUCGCUGGCCAACCGGCCCCUCCAGAGCGCUCCCGGCAGCAAACCCCUCACCUUCCAAAUCCAAGGGAACAAGCUGACCUUGACGGGUACGCAGGUGCGCCAGGUCACGAUGCCUCAGCCAGCCCGACAGCUGCCAAGGAAUGUAGUUCACUUGGUGUCUGCCGGGGGGCAGCACCACAUCAUCAGCCAGCCGGCGCAAGUGGCUUUGAUCCAGGCCAUGGCCCAGCAGGCUGGGCAGGCCCCAGUGGGCGUGCAGGCUGUGCCAGGCCACCAGCCCCCCACCAUCCUGCCCGUCCCAGCUACCAGCGCGGCCGCUGCCGCUGUCGCCUCCACGGCAACUAUCAGUGUCCCCAUUGCUGCCACCCAAGUGCCCUCCUCUGCCGUGAACAGCUCUGGGGUGGUGAAGAUCGUGGUGCGUCAGGCCCCUCGAGACGGCCUGGUGUCCCCCUCGCCCGGCCUGCAGCAGCCCCCUCUGCGUUCCGUGACGCCAACAACUGCCCCCACCCUGCCUGGCCUUCCGGCGGCCCUCCUGGCCCAGCGAGCCCCGCUCACCAUGAACCCUGGGCCCCCGGUCCGGCUGCCCGCUCAGCCCCUGGUGCCGGUGAGGACACCCGCUCCAGCUCCUCUGCAGGCCCUGGUGAGACCCAUGCUGCGAAUGGUUCAGGCGUCCAACCCCAACAUGGAGCAGCAUCUGGUGGCAGCUACCCCGCCUCCCACGGUGGCUCCCUUUGCAGUCACCCCGGCUGCUACCAUUACUGUCGCCACCAACGCCCCCCCUACCAUGGCUUCCCACAUCACCUCCAGCCCAGUGCCCAAGGAGGAGCCAGAGAUGUUAACGCUGCGCUCCACGACGCCGACACCGCCGCCUCCCCCGUCUGUCCUGGCCCCAAGGCCUCGACGGCAGCCGCCUCCCCCUCCCCGUUCGCCCUUCUAUCUGGAAUCACUUGAAGAGAAGCGGAAAAAGCAGAAGGAGGAGCGCCUCGACCGGCUUUUCCGCCUCAACGAGCAGCACUGCAACCUUGUGCCCAUUUACGGGACAGAGGUGCUGCGCUUCUGCACCCUCUUCCCCCCUGCUCCCCCUUCUUGGAGGGGGGAGGAGGAGGAGGAGGCCAGCGAGGCGCCGGCGGAGGCGGCCCAGGAAGUAGAACCGAAGGGCUCGAGAGGGGCUAGCUAUACCCACUGCUACGCAGCGCAAGUGCAGAGGGACCCCCAGCGCCUCGAGGCCUACUGGCAGCGGGCAGAGACCUUGGCCCAGGCUAUCCUGACGCCCCAGCAGCGAAUCGAGGAACUGAGGGCCAUCAUAGAGAGGUUCAUUUUCGUUAUGCCUCCUGUGGAGGCGCCUGCUAUCGCCAUGCACACCUCUCACCCGCCCCCAUCGCUCCUGCUCCAGCAGGCUGUCUUCAAGGAGACCCUGCGCCAAGAGCUCUCGCCCCACGCCAGCUGCCUGCAUCGCAUCAUUUGCAACAUGAGGACGCAGUUCCCAGACCUCCGCCUCAUCCAGUACGACUGUGGGAAGCUGCAGACGCUGGAUGUUCUGCUGCGGCAGCUCAAGUGGGGGGCCCACCGAGUCCUCAUCUUCACCCAGAUGACCCGCAUGUUGGAUGUGCUGGAGCAGUUCCUCAAUUAUCAUGGGCACAUCUACUUACGGCUGGACGGGAGCACUCGCGUGGAGCAACGUCAGGCACUCAUGGAGCGUUUCAAUGCAGACAAGCGCAUCUUCUGUUUCAUCUUGUCAACACGCAGCGGAGGUGUGGGAGUGAACCUGACCGGGGCUGACACUGUGGUGUUCUAUGACAGCGACUGGAACCCCACCAUGGACGCCCAGGCUCAAGACCGCUGCCACCGUAUCGGGCAGACGCGGGACGUUCACAUCUACAGGUUGAUCAGUGAGAGAACAGUGGAGGAAAAUAUCCUGAAGAAGGCCAAUCAGAAAAGGAUGCUGGGAGAUAUGGCUAUUGAGGGAGGCAACUUCACCACAGCCUAUUUCAAGCAGCAAACCAUUCGUGAGCUGUUUGAUAUGCCACUAGAUGAACCAGCUAAGAAAGAAGGGGAUGCCCCAGCUCUGGCCCAGGAGGAGGAAGAGGACCCCAUGGCCACCAAGCAGGCCCAGAUCCUGGAGCAGGCACUGUGCAAGGCGGAAGACCCCGAAGACAUCCGGGCAGCCACCCAGGCCAAGGCAGAGCAAGUAGCCGAGCUAGCAGAGUUCAAUGAGAACAUCCCUCUGGACACCGAAGAGAGGCCCAGCAGAGAAGAGGAGGAAGAGAUGUCGAAGGCAGAGCAGGAGAUUGCCUCACUCGUAGAACAGCUCACCCCCAUCGAACGCUACGCCAUGAACUUCCUAGAGGCAUCUCUAGAGGACAUCAGUCGGGAGGAGUUGAAGCAGGCAGAGGAACAGGUGGAAGCUGCCCGCAAAGACAUCGACCAGGCUAAGGAUGAGGUGGUCUUCAAGCUGCCGGAUGAAGAUGAGAGCUAUCUCCUUGAGGAAGGCUCCAGCAAGAAGAGCAAGAAGGCGAAGGGUUCUAGCCGCACAGCCUCGGAGAGGACAGGCACCCGCAUGAGUGAAAGGCUGCGUAGCACCCGCCUCCUGCCCCGGGAUGGGGACGGUGGAGAUGUGGAGUCCCCCCAGGCUAGGCUGCCUAAUAUCCGGCAUGCCCGGGGAGUGGCUGAUGAGGAGGAUGACGGCCUGCCCCAAGUGGCUCAACACACACGAGGCGCUGCUGUGCGUAGAGAGUUGGUGCGGGAGGAAAAGCCUGCCCAGGCGGUCCUGAACACUCGCAGAAAUUUGGCCCGCCGAGAGGAGUCGUGGACUAAGGCCCCAACUACUGGGGACAGGGUGCCGAAAACAGCCCCGCACAGAACUGAGGCUUCUGGGGACAGGGGUUUGAGACCUCAUCCCCACAGGACAGAGGCCCCGGUGGUGGGAGAUAAGUUGAUACAAGCUACGCCGCAGAAGCCAGAUCCAGGAGCUGCUGGGGACAGAGUCCUACGAGGCCCCCCUCCUAAAACAGAAGCCCAGCCUGCUGGCGAGAGGCUGCCACAAAGUGCCCUGCAAAUAACAGACUCUGGUUUGGAGAAGGUGUUGACGCCAGGCCCUCAGAAGCCUGAAAAACCACCUGGGUUGGAUAAGUGCCACGCCAGCCAACCUCCGUCUGAGGCACCAGUGUCUGAGGCACAGCCCCCCCAGCUUUAUCCCCAGGGGGGGCUUGAUGGGGAGGUGCUCAGAUUAGAAGCAGGCAUUGGAGAACGUGAAGAGGAAGUGACUUCCCAGCUCAGUCCAUCAGCCCCUGAAUUCCAAGUUGCUGAGCACAUCCCAAGUGCAGAAGUAACACCAUUCCGGGUACAAGAUGCUCUAGUGGCUGAACAGUUGUCAGUUGCGCAGACACCACCUGUUGCUGAGGCAGCCAUUCUAGAGAUCCCAGCUGCUAAAGAGAAGGCACCAAGCCCAGCGCCUCUUAAUUCCGCCCUGGAACUACCUACUGAGAGCAAACCUGAGGUUGCUUGCGAGGUGAACCUUCCUUUGAGUGAGCAAAAGGAGUGCCUGCCCCAGCCAAAGGACGCGCCGGCCAUCAGUGCCAGUUACAGCACUGCAGAGCAAGGAUCAUUGAGCUCUGUGGAUGAGGAACCCAGGCAGGAGGCUACUCAAGAGAUGGCACUUUCCGAUAAUGCUGAUGGGGCAGCGGCUGAGACUCUUUCCUCCCCGAACUCGGAGGGCAGCCUCCUGGAAGCCGCCAAUAGUGUAGCCUCCCAGUUGGACAGCGAGAUCCCCAAGGCUGAGGUGCCUGUGCUCACUCCCCCAGACCACUCCGUGGCAGCUGCUAGCUCCUUAGUUCAACUGGAAACUCUGCCCUGCGUUGAGGAACAGAAUGGUUUGGAGCAGCCAUCCGGAACUGGAGACCUGCCUUGCCCCGUUUCAAACUUGGUGGACCAGCCCCAGUCGGAAAUGUUGCCACCAGAGACUGCGUUGCCAUUGUCAGAGGUGGCAACAGCUAACAGCGAAACCAACAGCCGCGACGAGUCGCCCAAGCAGGCUGCAGGGGCGAUGGGGGGAAAGCUUCUUGGGGAUGAGCCCCCAAACAAAGAGGCUGAGGUUACAACCAUGUGCCCUGAGGCCGUCUCUUCACAGGCGAGUCCAUCAGCCGCAGGCAUCUGCCCAGGAGAUGAGAGUCUUUCCCUGGUCAAGCCUCCUCGCCGUCGAACCAGCGCUGACCUGCAAAUCUGGCAGAGCUUUCAAGAUCAGGACGGCCCCACUGCCAAAGUCUUGCGCAAGCUGCCCGGGCGCCUGGUCACCGUGGUGGAGGAGAAAGAGCUGAUUCGGCGUCGCCGUAACCGUGCGCGCAAGCUGGACGUUGCGAACAGCACCAUGGCGAGUCCCAGCAACAGCUCGGCGCAGAGCAUGUCAGAAGCCGAGAUCUCCCCUUCGGGGAAAGAGCUGCCCCUGUUGCGGGAUUUGCCUGCCCGCCGGAGAAUUGAGCUGGAGAGCCGGGCAGCAGCCAAGGAACGAGACGACAGCUCCAGAAGGGAACUGCUCGUUAGCGCUGCUGACGAGCCCGUCAAACGCAAACGAGGGCGUCCCCCUAAGAGGUCCUUCAAGCGGAGACCAAGUUUGCUCCGGUCCCUCCCAAAGCCACCCGUGGAGAUAAACCUCCAAAGCAAAGCACCAGAGCGGAAGCUGCCUGAGAGCCAGCCCCAGAGUAAGACCUCGGAGCGGAAGGUCCCUGACACCCUGCCCCAGAGCAAGGUGCCAGAGCAGAAGCUGCCUGAGAGCCAGCCCCAGAGUAAGACCUCGGAGCGGAAGGUCCCUGACACCCAGCCCCAGAGUAAGAUGCCAGAGCAGAAGGUGGUUCCAAGUAAGAACUUGGAGCGGAAAGUAGCCGAGACCCAGCCUCAAGGUAAAACCUCGGAGCGGAAGGUGCCAGAGACCCAGCCCCAGAGUAAGAUGCCAGAGGAGAAGGUGGCUGACACCCAGCGCCAAAGUAAGACCUCGGAGCGGAAGGUGCCCAAGACUUCCUCGCCCAAGAAUAAGUCUCCCAAGAGCAAGACCGAGAGUAGUGAGAACGACUCCCCAGUGGAAAAGCGAAGGCGUGGUCGGCCGCCCAAGGUCCGGGAGUCCCCCGUCAUGUCUCCCAAGGCUUCUGCUUCUGAAAAGCUGUCAUCCCCAUCCACGAAACCUCUGAUGACAGAGCUACCCCAGAAGGUGCAGAAGUCCUCUGGGCCGUCCUCUAUACCAGAGGUGACAUCGAAGAUCCACGAGUCACCGGACUUGUGUCCCAAAACAACUUCUGUUUCAAAAGCGUCACCUAAGCCACGGAACCGAACGCAUCCCAACCCCACGUCAGUGUCAAAAUCCACUCCUAAGGCACGAGAACUGUUGGCUGCUCCCCCGAAACCUCUUUCCAAACCAGCCACAGCAGUGUGUGAACCCCUUGGGGCUCCCCCUACAGCGGUCUCUGCAACGGAGCCUUCCCCGGCAAAGCAGGAGCGGCCUUCUCCGAUCCGUUCACGACGCAAAGCUGCUCUGCGUUCCCCAGCGACAGAUUCCUCGCUGAAGCGGAAGAGGGGGCGGCCCCCAAAGAACCCCCCUUCUCCUCGUGUGGAGGCUGCACCACCUCCCGCCUCGACCUCCGACCAAGAGACCUCCACAGAGAAGCAGGCCCCAGCUCCUCCCAUCCGCAAACGGCGGAGGCGACGGAGAAAGGACGAGCUGGGCCCGUCGUUGCCCGCCGUCAACCAGAGCUCUUCAGAGGGCGAGGAGACGCGCCCGCUCACCAGACUAGCUCGGCACAAGCGGGAGGAAAAGCCGGAGUCUUGCGGCGAGGGUGUAGCUCCGCCCUCCCCCAAGCCAGCCGUCGCGGAGGGCGCCGCCUCAGCCGAGAGCAGCGCUUGGGAACAGCCUUCCAGCGACCCCCCGGCCCGCUCCACCCGCCUGCGGCCCGGCAGUCUCGUUCCGCCCCUGGAACGGGAGACCCAGCGCCGGAAGCGCCGCUGCUCCUUGGAGGGCAGCCGGCUGAGCAACAGCAGCAAGUCGCCCGCCCCGCAAGCCGCCUCGGAGCCGGAGGGCGGCGAGUCGGAGUCUUCCCUGCGGUCCUCCUCCGAGUCCAGCGGUAACAAGGGCACCCAGCAGCCCAAGCGCCAGUGCUGUGAAUCGGCCGGGGGGCGGGGCAGGGGGAGGGGGCGGGGGCGGCGGCAGCACGGCGGCACGGCUGACCGCAUCCUCCGGAGCGCUGCGAAGCCUGCCGACGACGCCUGCCCAGCCUCCUCCCCUGCCCCUGCUCGGAAAACGGGCUCUGCUUCCGCCGCAGCUGGGGGAGCCGCCGGAGCGCCGCCUCCCUCAACCGCCGCCUCCCCCCCAGCUGCCCCGGUUACCUCUUCGCUAAGUAACAGAGGCCGCAAGCCCAAGACGUGACCACAGCGCGAGAAGUUCCGCCGUCACUUCUCUGCGGGGAGGGAGCCGUGGCCGCCUCUGCCCCACCACAACACCGUACACCGAAUCCGCCCGCCCCGCCCUUGCUCUUCUUCCUCCCGUUCAUGUGGGGGGCAGCCGAUGGGGCUCACCUGUCCCCACCCAGCUCCCUGCAUUCCAGACUUGACUGUUAGAGUACUACUUGAAAGGAGGAGGAGGAGGAAGAGGGCAAGCAUGGCGGUUCAUUCCCAGGUGCUCUUCUCCGAGUGGGGCGAGGGCCACCCCUGCUGAAGCUGCUAGCUCUUGGGGGGCAGGGUGAGGAAGAGGGUUGGCUCAGCUGCUGUGUCACGGGAGGAAGUGACCGGGUCAGCCCUUGGCUCAGCGAAUGCUGUUGCGGCUUCCUGAUUGUGGAGUGUGUAGGGGGGAGGGGGAGCAGCACCCUAGAGCUGUGGCCCCUGGAGUUACACUACAGGGCUCCCAUCCUCCCGCUCCCCUGAAUUUCCUACCGUUCAGUACCACUUUGGGAAGCCUCAGCCCACGCUGUUUGGCGCUUGCCUCCCUUUUUAUAAAUUGUCACGUCUGGGAGUUAGGUGUCCCUGUCCUCUGCCCCUUUCCUCCCCCACCC